AUGGCUUCGUCCCGUGGCUGGCUGCUUGUCCAGGCCGUCUUUUGGCGGUUCCUGAUGCGAAUUGGAAUGUUCUUUCACGAUGUCGCUCCACCACGUGUCCCAAAACCUCGCUUUACCCGCAUCGUCGAAUCUGACGCUCACUCCCACUCCGUCGUCAUCCAUUUCUAUUGCCCACCAGACUACGAAGAAAAACGCCGACAAGGUCACCGAUUUCCCGUUACGGUCAAUUUUCAUGGCGGAGGAUUUACUCUCGGCUGCGCUACCGAUGAUUCCCGUUGGGCCGCCGCCAUAGUACAAGAAGUUGGGGCAGUCGUGGCCAGUGUGAGUUAUCGACGGGCGCCAGAACACCCUUUCCCGGCGGCAGUCGACGACGGAGUCGACGCAUUGCUAUAUUUAGCCACCCAUGCUGCCGAUCUGGGAUUGGACGUGAGCCGCGUGGCCCUAAGCGGGUUCUCGGCAGGCGGUAAUCUGGCCGUUACCGUGCCGCUGCGACUCCGCGAGCGACUCUCCACCGAGAUCAAAGAAUCCUUUGGCCGGGCGGAAUCGACCCAAAGAUUGGUAGACCAGACGAAUGAGCUCAAUAUUGUGGCCCUGUUCAGUUGGUAUCCUAUUCUGGAUUUCAUGGAGUCCCGUGACCAUCGCCGGAUGAUGAGUCUCAUGCCGGAUAAGACUCUCCCAUCCUUUUUCACCGAUCUGUUUGAUGCGUCGUAUAUCCCCAAUCUAGAAGAUCUGGCCUCCCCAUUUGCAUCGCCCGUACGCGCCUCCGAUCGUAUGCUGGACGAAGCCUUGCCACGUGACGUCUUCCUGUUUAUCUGUGAAUGGGAUAUGCUCAUGAAAGAGGGUCAGGUUUUCGUCCGUCGCCUAGAGGGCCUUGGAAAGCGUGUCCGUGCGAUGAUGAUUGAGAAGGCCCGACACGCCUGGGAUAAAUCGCCCAAUCCAUUCCGCGACCAGGUCAGCGUAGACGUUCUCUAUCGUGACGCAUGCGCGGACAUGAAGGCCAUUUUCGAUCGGUGA